AUGCAGCCCCAUCACUCCCUGCCGGCGCGACCGCCGCCUACCACAUACUCGGCACCGCCUUCGAGGUCAAACAACGCUGGCGCGCGUGGCCAGGGCAACUCGCCCACGUUUGCUGGUUUCACACCGCGGUCUGUAGCAGCUCAUGCUCCUUCACAAGCGUCUGCUGCGCCGGCAAACUAUGCGCAAGCCCCAGUGAGCGCCCCCUACCAAGCACCCGCUUACUCGACCAGCAAUGCUUACAACAACUACUCGUACCCAGCCUAUGCGACGGGUGCCCCUGCUGCGACCUCAUACCCUGCCGCCCCGACCGUGAACCGCGGAUUUGGUGGCACCUAUGAUCCCGAAGAAGAGGCUCGAAUCGCCGAGUGGAACAGCGCAUACAACGCCGGCGAUGCGAACGCGAAGAAGGGCGGCAGUGCAAACGUAGGCGCUCGACCAGAAGCGGCAACCUCCCAGGAUACCGAGGUGGGGCCGGCAGCUGAUGGCAAGCGCAAGACUGUCGUUCGCGAGGGGGGUGGAAAACAGUGGGAGGACGAGACUCUGCUCGAGUGGAACCCCUUGCACCCGCGACUUUUCAUCGGUAACCUUGCUGGUGAAGUCACCGACGAUUCGCUCCUGAAAGCUUUCGCAAAGUAUCCAUCUCUAUCCAAAGCCCGCGUCGUACGAGACAAGAAGUCCACCAAGAGCAGAAGUUAUGGCUUCGUGAGCUUUUCAGACACCGACGACUACUUCCGUGCUGCCAAGGAAAUGAAUGGCAAGUACAUUGGCAGUCACCCCGUCCUUAUCAAGCGAGCCACAUCCGAGGUCAAGGCCGUCACAAAGAAGGACGACAGACAUAAGCAAGGAAAGAACAAGAACAACAAGGACAACAAGAACAAGGCUGGCAACAACAGCACUCCCGCGGUAGUAGCAUCUCCCGCCAUGUUCAUACCUCGUGGUGUUCAGAAGAAGGGCAAGUCUAACGGUCCGAGGGUAUUGGGUUGA